GAAACCAAAGGGUCAAUCGACGGGACAAAUCAUCUUCUCCCCCUACAUGCGCGUCUCCCUCCCUCACUCCAGCUCCCGCUCCCGCUCCACUUGACUGCCACGACGUCGUUUCCUGAUCACUCCCUCAGCAUAAAUUGACAGGCCCCCAUAGGCGCACUUUCUCUCUACUUCGAGCAAUUUCUGCUCAACCUUCCUCAUCUUUCUAUCACGCAUUACGAACAGUGAGUGGGUUGUAGGGUUUUUCAUUCAGACUGCAACACAGACACAUAAAACCAUGAGUAUAUGGAAUUACGUGGUGACGGCUCACAAGCCGACGAACGUUACUCAUUCUUGUGUCGGCAAUUUCACCGGUCCGCAGGAGGUCAAUCUCAUCAUCGCGAAAUGCACCCGAAUAGAGAUCCAUUUACUCUCGCCACAAGGUUUACAGCCUAUGUUGGAUGUGCCAAUAUAUGGGAGGAUAGCCACACUUGAGCUUUUUCGGCCGCAUGGGGAAACUCAAGAUCUCCUUUUCAUUGCUACAGAAAGAUAUAAAUUCUGUGUUUUGCAAUGGGAUGCUGAGACUGCUGAGGUUAUUACAAGGGCAAUGGGGGAUGUUUCAGAUCGAAUAGGUAGGCCCACGGACAAUGGACAGAUUGGCAUUAUUGAUCCAGAUUGCAGGUUGAUUGGACUUCAUCUGUACGAUGGAUUAUUCAAGGUAAUUCCAUUUGAUAACAAAGGCCAACUGAAGGAAGCAUUUAAUAUCAGGCUUGAGGAGCUUCAGGUUUUGGAUAUCAAGUUUUUGUAUGGUUGCCCCAAGCCAACAAUUGUUGUACUUUACCAGGAUAACAAGGAUGCUCGUCAUGUGAAAACAUAUGAAGUUGCUCUGAAAGAUAAAGAUUUUAUUGAGGGUCCAUGGUCUCAGAACAAUCUUGAUAAUGGAGCAGAGUUGUUAAUACCAGUGCCUCCUCCUCUUUGUGGUGUCUUAAUUAUCGGCGAAGAAACUAUUGUGUAUUGCAGUGCCUCAGCUUUCAAAGCGAUCCCCAUCAGACCUUCUAUCACAAGAGCUUAUGGGAGAGUUGAUGCUGAUGGUUCACGAUACUUACUAGGGGAUCACAAUGGACUUCUGCACCUACUUGUUAUAACUCAUGAAAAGGAGAAAGUAACUGGACUCAAAAUCGAGCUCUUGGGGGAAACAUCUGUUGCAUCUUCAAUAUCAUAUCUUGAUAAUGCUGUUGUCUUUGUGGGCUCAAGUUAUGGAGAUUCACAGCUCAUAAAGCUUAAUCUUCAACCGGAUGCAAAAGGUUCUUAUGUGGAAGUUCUCGAAAGGUAUGUCAAUUUGGGGCCAAUUGUUGACUUCUGUGUUGUUGACUUGGAGAGGCAAGGCCAAGGUCAGGUGGUGACUUGCUCCGGAGCCUAUAAAGAUGGUUCACUGCGCAUUGUGCGGAAUGGAAUUGGAAUAAAUGAACAGGCAUCUGUAGAGCUUCAAGGAAUCAAAGGGAUGUGGUCAUUGCGAUCAGCAACUGAUGAUCCAUAUGACACUUUCUUGGUUGUUAGCUUUAUUAGCGAGACACGUAUUUUGGCAAUGAAUCUCGAGGAUGAACUGGAGGAAACUGAGAUAGAAGGGUUUUGUUCAAACAUCCAGACAUUAUUUUGUCAUGAUGCUAUGUAUGAUCAACUUCUGCAGGUUACUUCAAACGGGGUCAGAUUGGUCAGUUCUACCACCAGAGAGUUGCGUAACGAAUGGUUUGCUCCGGCAGGGUAUUCAAUCAAUGUUGCAACAGCGAAUGCCACUCAGGUAUUAUUGGCCACUGGUGGUGGCCAUUUGGUCUAUCUAGAAAUUGGCAAUGGUGUGUUGACUGAAGUAAAACAUGCCCAGUUGGAGUAUGACAUCUCGUGCCUGGACAUUAAUCCAAUUGGUGACAAUCCAAAUUAUAGUCAACUAGCAGCAGUAGGGAUGUGGACAGAUAUCAGUGUCAGGAUAUAUUCGCUUCCUGACUUGAAUCUUAUCACAAAGGAGCAUUUGGGAGGGGAGAUAAUUCCUCGUUCAGUACUUUUAUGUUCUUUUGAAGGGAUAUCCUACUUAUUGUGUGCUCUUGGGGAUGGACAUCUCUUGAAUUUUCUGUUGAAUACAAGUAAUGGUGAGCUGGCGGAUAGGAAGAAAGUGUCUUUAGGGACCCAACCCAUUACCCUUCGGACUUUUUCAUCAAAGAAUGCUACACACAUUUUUGCUGCUUCUGAUAGACCAACUGUCAUUUAUAGCAGCAACAAGAAAUUGCUUUAUAGCAAUGUAAAUCUAAAAGAAGUCAGUCAUAUGUGCCCUUUCAAUUCUGCUGCUUUCCCUGACAGCCUUGCAAUUGCUAAAGAAGGUGAACUGACAAUUGGCACCAUUGACGACAUUCAAAAGCUUCAUAUACGCUCUAUCCCUCUCGGGGAGCAUGCCCGACGCAUAUGUCAUCAGGAACAGACCCGAACCUUUGCCAUAUGUAGUUUAAAGUAUAACCAGUCAAGUGCAGAAGAUUGUGAAAUGCACUUUAUCCGCCUGUUAGAUGACCAGACUUUUGAGUUCAUAUCAACUUAUCCCCUGGAUCAGUUUGAGUGUGGUUGCUCUAUUCUUAGCUGCUCAUUCUCUGAUGACAAUAAUGUGUACUACUGUGUUGGGACUGCAUAUGUAAUGCCAGAAGAGAAUGAGCCUACCAAGGGUCGAAUUUUAGUUUUUGCCGUAGAAGAUGGAAAACUGCAGCUAAUUGCAGAGAAGGAAACUAAAGGGGCUGUUUACUCUCUUAAUGCCUUCAAUGGGAAACUGCUUGCUGCAAUAAAUCAGAAAAUUCAGUUGUAUAAGUGGAUGCUUCGUGAGGAUGGCUCGCGUGAGUUGCAAUCGGAAUGUGGCCAUCAUGGCCACAUACUUGCGCUUUAUGUACAAACCAGAGGAGAUUUCAUUGUUGUUGGUGACCUGAUGAAAUCAAUAUCUCUGCUGAUUUACAAGCAUGAGGAGGGUGCUAUUGAGGAGCGUGCUCAUGACUAUAAUGCAAAUUGGAUGUCGGCUGUUGAGAUUCUGGAUGAUGACAUUUACCUUGGUGCUGAGAAUAAUUUUAAUCUGUUCACUGUUCGUAAAAAUAGUGAAGGGGCAACCGAUGAAGAGCGCGGACGCCUUGAGGUCGUUGGUGAAUAUCACCUUGGCGAGUUUGUUAAUCGAUUCCGACAUGGUUCGCUUGUCAUGCGCUUGCCCGAUUCUGAUGUUGGCCAGAUUCCCACUGUCAUAUUCGGCACAGUCAAUGGUGUCAUUGGGAUCAUUGCUUCUCUCCCUCAUGAGCAAUAUGUCUUCUUGGAGAAGCUGCAGACGAAUUUGAGGAAAGUGAUUAAGGGUGUGGGGGGACUGAGCCAUGAGCAGUGGAGAUCUUUCUACAACGAGAAGAAAACAGUUGAUGCUAGAAACUUCUUGGAUGGUGAUUUAAUUGAGU